GAAAUGAGCACUCCUGGUGAAUUAACCGCUCCUGCUCAAUAAGCGCCACCUGUCAAAAUGAAAUCUUUAAAUAAGCCCGGGGCGCCUAAUCCGUUAUUUACGGUAUAUUUUAAAUUAUGAUGACUCGCAAUUUGAGAAGUGUACAAUAAACGUCAAUUAUUAGAAAAGGACAACCUCGAUCCCAGGACAAGUUGUCUCUUUUUGAAUAUCGGACGGCGAGACGAACAUGGCCCUGGUGGAGGCUGGUCAAAAAUCUUUGAUUUUCGCAGAUUUUUAAUUAAUGCACUCGUGUCUCGUUUAUCAGGAAUUUUAUACUUCCUAGUCUUUGGUGAGCGAGUUUCAAUUUAAUUAUUAGGGUCUGGAUUUUAUCGUGAUCGAUGGAAAUAGAACUUUUUAGUGAAGACUGGACCUUGAAGGCUUUAGGUCGUGAUGGCUCUAACGUAUAUUGAUAUUUUAAAGCGAAUAUCUUUCGCAUUAAAUAAUUACAUUUUUCAGUUUUGCCUGAAACCAAAGCAAGUCAUAUGUUUGGAAGCUUUGUUAAAGGGGAAUGAUGUGGUGGCAGUUCUGCCUACUGGAUUUGGAAAAUCAAUUAUUUUUCAUUUACUUGCUGAUCUCUUCCCAGUUAAAAAUGAAAAGAAUAUUGUUUUGGUCAUCAGCCCUUUAACUUCCAUUAUAAAUGAUCAGGUGAAAUACUUGAAUGGGAUUGGUUUUUCUGCUGCUGUAUUGAACUUGGAACAGAGGAAGUUUGAGGCAGAUGAGAGCUUGUUUGGAAGUAAUGAUGCAGUGGAGGACGACCAUGAUGGUACAAAUAUUACAAUUGAUUGUGGUAUUAAAAACGGAGAUAUUAAGAUUUUAUUUGCCCAUCCAGAAUCCUUUGUAUCUGAUCAAGGGCGUUCAAUUUUAAAGAGCAAAUAUUAUUAUUGGAUUUAAGCGCUGUUUCCAGUUUUAAUUUUUGCAUUGCUGGUAUAUUGUCUCCGGGAGAAACAAUAUUGCGUGGUUGCAGUUGUGUGAAUCCCGCGAAUUUAGCUACCUUUGCAUGUAAUGAAUUUGAAACAGUAUACCAGAAUGCAAGAAGUCUGAAGAAGAGAACCAAGUGCUGCGGUGAC